GCGCAAGGCAUGGCUUUGCAAGCAAUGGCAUGGCAGUCGGAGGAGGAGCCCAGAGCUCAGUCUGUGGUCCCUUGUCAAGUGAGCAAUGAAUGGACAUUAAACCAGACAGAGUCUUGUUUGUGCGGAAUCUUUCGCUACUGGCCUUGAUUCUGUUGCCCACACGCCCUCUCCCGCCAGAGUUUUUUGCCUUUAGGUAGUUAUUGGUAAUUUUUUCAUGCCCUCUGAUAUUUUCCUUGCGCUUACCUUUUUGUGAGCUUCUUUGUAAUAUUAGAUAUUUGUGCAGUUGUCGCAAAUAUCUGGAUGCUGGUGUUGGUGAUAUGUGAGCAAAGUAUAUUGAAUACCUACCUACAUAUCUAGGUCCAAGGUCGGCGAAAGCUCUCAUCCAGGUCUUCGAGCUCAGCUUCCCUCGGCAGCACCGCACACCACACACUCAACGACUCACACCCUCCUCUUGCCUCUCUCUGGCCGUUACUUUCUUCGCUAUUGCGUUGUUGCUCUUAUUACUCACUCACACGCUUUACCCAAAAGGCAUCUUUGCCUCCCACCUUCUUCCGUCUCUUCUUUUUUUCGACCUCGCAAGCUCCUGUCAUCUUUACUUACCUGCACCUACCUGCCUCUACUUUCUUCCUCCCACUCACCCUCCUUCCCUCCAUACAUCCUUCUUUGCAACCCACCUUUUCUCCAAAGAAGCGACCUUCUGAUCGAAUAUUUCUGUUCGCCUCUCAUCCAACUUAGACUCUUCAACAUACGGUUAUCGAUAUUCUCAACCAGAGAUUGGAUUCAUCGCUCUCCCAGUAACUACCUCCAUCACCACCUCAAUCGACGCCCCAAUCGUGUACGCAACCACUGUCGCAUAAUUGGCCCAAUUCGAAACGGUUCCUGUAGCAAAGCUUGCCCAUGCUCAAAGGCAGCUCAUUCCAUUGUCCAUGAGCUGCACUUUGAAAUGUUACGGUUUUUGCAUAGCUUCAUUGUCACCAAUUGAUCGUCUCGUUGAAAGCUCAGCUUCAUCGCUAUCAUCUCUUAUCUCGCUUCUCAGUCUCUUAUCGCUAUAGUACCCCCCGCCAGCAAGCCAUCACGUAUGGUGGGGUCAAGAUGCCGCCUCGAUCAUCUUUGACGUCGUCCUUCUCUAUUACAGACUCCAACAAUGAGGUAGUCUGCCCUCUUCGCAACCAGGAUGGCUCCAGCUGUCGCAAGAGAUGCAUUGGUGAAAAAAGAUAUCGUUCCAUGCAGGAGCAUAUCCGCCGCGCACACCCCGAGCACUACAUCUCGAAGCUUCCAGCUACAGAAGAGAGCUUCUUGUUAAUGAUUAACACUCCACCAUCGGAGCGACGCCCUUUAGAUCAGACCUCAGCUCCAAAUGCUCAGGGUUUGUCCCACUCUCACUCCAGCCUGCCCCCGCCCAUUGACCACCUUCAAGGCUUUCACGAGCGACACAACUAUCAUCGCGACGAACCGAGUAAUCCAGGCACUCCGCGCCUUCUAGAUGAUUUCAGUAAUGGCGGGCCGGUUUCUGGCCCAAUGCUUGGCACAGCCAGUGCCGCUGCUGCCCUAGCCGAACUUCAUGGCGUCAAGAGUGAACGCGACAUGGAUUUGGACGGUGAUUAUUACUCAGACAUGGAUGUUCGACGUAGGCCACGGACAUCCAUCGAACUGCCGCCUCUCAAUCUUUCCAAUCAUGAUAUUACUAGCGACCCUUAUUCAUCUGCCAAAUCUAAUAGACAGCGCGACUUUCUCCCUUCCAUUCUGGCAAACUCACCACCUGGAAGAUCCUCAACGCUCCCACCUCUUCAGCGUUCUGUGGGGCCUAAUCGGCCUCGCAAGCAGUCUGUUACAAAGCGAGGAAGAGAGCCUCACCACAAAAAGAAGAACUCUAAAGGUUCUGCAACUGACUGGCUACGCCGAAUUCAAAAUGAAGAACGAUAUAGACCAGGUAAUGAUCGGAAGGCUUUGUCAGCAGAACCAUCGGCAGACUUCGGGAAGCGGUGGGAAGAUCUUAUCGAUGCAGCUGAUCAAGCCGCUUCUGCUGCUGGUGAUAUUGACGAAGACCGUACUCCUGUCCCUCAGUCUCCUGUUUCAAUGCAUAGAUCAUCGUUACCGCCCUUUUCCCACCAGCCUCAAUUCCAGCCGGCCAGUUAUCAAGCUUCGCCUCUCCAGCAGGCACUCACGCCUCCAUCAUAUGGCCAGGAUGCUGUAGAGCCAUUUCCAUCCGUGGAGAGUGGCGAAAGCGGCGACAACUUUCACAUGGGAACCCGGGGGCUUUCUGAUUCGUCACCAACAUAUUCGGCCCAGAAUAUUCAGAUAUACUGCGCUGCUUGUCAAGGAUUCUCUCUACUCAAGGAUUCGUAUGCAUGUACCGAAUGUAUCUGUGGCCUGUGCCCAACUUGUGUGGAGGUUCUCAUGACAGAGCAUGGAGCAAGAAGGAAGUGUCCCCGCUGUGCUACAAUUGGCGGGCGGUUCAAGCCUUUCCAGCUCGACAUUAGAUAAAGGGUUUUCCGGAACUCACAUUCCAUUACAUCGAUCAAGAUUUAACGCAUGGGGUUCUCUGACGGUUAACAUUACAUUGGGUUUGGCGUUCUGGCAUAUGACGGAAGUCAAAUGAUCUUGCACAUGAGCAAGACGGAAGGCGAAUUACGGCACGGGAUCGAUACCUAUUGUGCCAAGCGACUGAAUGUUCAUUCAUUUCAACGUUGGACCUUGCCCUGCACACUUGGGAAAAUUGCUAUAUAUGGGACUUGGGUAAAGGAGUUUUUGCUAAGUGGUUUUUCUUAUUUCAUUGUUUAUCUUCUUGCGACUACACAGAAUUGGAUGUCGGGAGCUUAUCAGUGAGGUUUUCUUUUUAGGACUGUUUUCUUCUACAUGGUCAGAUCACUGGAUCAAAAUGCCCCCACCACUAUCGAUCGUUACAGACUAAGUAGUCAAUAUGAAUAUGAAUGCAAGUGUUCAACGGAAUUGUUAUGGUUACACUUACAAGAUUAAGAUGUCGUUUAUAAUUGAUUAUCUUUCAUCAUAAGGUGAUGCGAUGUGUGCGAAUCCUUAACUGGUACAAAGGAGCUGCAAAACCAGAACCAUCCAACGCCACAGAUAAAAAAAAAAAAAGGUCAUACAUAGUUCAACGGUCCAUACUACUUCUUCCCUUCCUUCUCUUUCUUCAAUAAUAGAUCUCUCAUCUGAGCUCUAGCGUUACGGCUGCCACCAAGUUUGGGGCCUUUGAGUACUUCCUCGGUACCGGCGCGCGCUGUUUGGUUCGUUGCCUUCUUUUUGCGAAGCUGUCGUUCUGCUACAUCCUCAAGGAAUUGCUGCCGAAACUCUUCGGCGAGCCGCGCAUCAGCGGCGCCAUCCUGAUCGGCAACUACAGUGCGGCUGUUUUGUUCUGGAGUCGGUUCGUAUAAGUCGACUAGGAAAUAUGAUUUAGUAGCUGAUUUGAGGAACAUGGACAUCAUGGACAUACGUCUUGUUUCAUGAAGGAUCUCGUCAACGAUCUGAUCUCGUUUGAGGGCGUCACUAUCUCGACGGUUUCGCGGACGCCAUGGCUUGCCAUCCCUUCUAAGUCUAGGCUUCUUGGCUCUUGGUCCGCCGUCUGUAGCACUAUCUGCCUGAACAGCGUUCUCACUUCGAGCAGAGUGGUCAUCGAGAUUGAUCUCCAUCAACUGGCCCUGCAUUACUGCCCGUCCACUCUCGUGGUUUGUUGUUGUUGCAGAAGGUUGCCGAGCCGGGUCUGAUGUAGUCGCUGGUAAAGUGUUCUGUGAGCUAUUUCCGCCCGCACGAUUAUAUAGUCGGGAUUCUAUGUAAUCCAUCCUUGAAUGAUUAGUUAUUGCAUGGUGAGAAAGGAAUGACGAAGACGGUGGUCCUCUACGUACAUAUGCUUGUCAUUAAGAUCUGUCAGUCUACCCGUCUGGUGAGUAAAUCGAUCUGCAACUCCUUUCAUAAUGGGUUC